AUAGUUUUCACACAAUUUCUUCAUGGUAUCAGAGCCUAUUCCCGGGCAUAACAAAAAACCCUAGUUCCCAAAACCCUAGUGCCGUGUUUGUUCUCGUCGACUCACGUCGGACGUUUCCACUGCCGCCUCAUGUCGGUGGUUUUUCUCGCGCCGUCUCACGCUGGUGCUCCUUUUUUCGCCGGCUCACGUCGGACGAACUUACUGCCAUCUCACGCCGGUGCUCCUCUUGACAAUCGUUGAUUGUUCUUUGUGAAGACAUGACAACCGAAACUACAAAAAAGGUUAGGUUGAUUCACGAUCCUACGUCUUUAUACUAUAUUCACCCGUCAGAAAGCGCGGGAAAUUCUCUGACUAAACACUUGCUCAAAGGGGACAAUUAUGAUGUAUGGGAGAAAACCAUUCUCAACGCCUUGGAAGGACGUAGCCGGGCUGGUUUCUUGACACCCACGGGUUUCCCCAAGCCUACCGACGAACAGGAACUUGCGGCAUGGACAGCCAACAAUUCUAUCAUUUGUUCCUGGAUAUGCAAUAGUGUAGAUGAACACAUUCAACCAUCGAUUAUUUCUCACAAAGUGGCACAUGAACUGUGGCUGGAUCUCAAAACUCGCUACGGUGGGUCGAACGGCCCUAGGGUUCAUCAGCUCAAGUCGGAACUCCAAUCUCUCCGACAAAAAGGUCAAACUGUAGUGAUAUACUACAACCAAUUUGUGACACUUUGGAACAAAUUGUACGGGUCAAUCGACCCUACGUGUGGCUGCCGUUGUGAUGCGGCUAUCCGUAUUCGAGCACGAGAAGAAGAAGAGAAGACCCAUCAUUUUUUGCUCGGCCUUGACGACGAGCAAUUUGGUCACAUCCGGUCUCAAAUCAUCGCUACCGAACCCGUGCCUGAUAUUCACCGGGCCUAUGCGUUGGUCGUUCAAGAAGAACGCCAUAAAAAUAUUGUUCGGGGUAGAGAUGAUCGGACCGAUGCCGUAGCGUUUGCCAUGCAGCGCCCUAGUGCCCCAUUGGUCCGUGGAGAUCCACCUACGUACUCUUGCACUCAUUGCGGGAAAGACGGGCACUCGAAGGAGAGAUGCUACCAGUUGCACGGAUAUCCCCCCGCGAAAGGCCGCGGUCGUGGAGGUGCGUCCGGCCGUGGCAGUGGGUCGGGCAGAGGGCUCGGCCGUGGGGCUGCUGGCGUUGGUUCGUCAACUGGACGAGUAGCUGGUCCGGGGACAGGGGGAGCACAUGCCGCAGGAGGGGCACCUGUCCAGAUUAGCCCUCUGGGUCUCACCGCCGACCAGGUCUCUCGUCUAUUAUCCAUGCUCGACACGUCUUCUUCCGACAAGGGUUCCGGCUCGGGGGGUGAGACAUCCAACCGUGAGUGGCUCCUGGAUAGCGGCGCCUCACAUCAUAUGACCGCCGCCACAAUUGUGCCUUCUGCCCAACCCGAGAGCAAUCCCACCAGCGCCCAAAAUCCCGCCACCACCAUCGAUACAGCCGCCGUGCCCGUUCCUCGUCCUCAACGGCAGCGUCGUUAGCCUUCUCACCUUAGUGACUAUAUCGUUAAUUCCGUUCAAUCCAAUGCACCGUUGUGCGCCUCCCCAGCUCGGUCUUCGUCUUCAGAGGACAAAAAUUGUUAGAUGCACCUUCGGUAAACAAAGACAAGAACAGUACAUGAUAUUAAAGAUAGUUCACAAUAAAUAUCGUGUGUACGUCUAGAUUCAAUAGUCAACUCGGUGGGGAGGACGAUUCCCGGGUCAACCCAUUUUUUCUGAGUUUUUCCGAAUUUCGAGAGAUACGACCGGACCAGUUGUGUGUUCGGAUUACAGGUCGACCAGUCGAACCGCCCAGUCCGGUUCGAGUUUAAUAACACUAGUAAUAAUACUUCUUUUUUUGAGAUUGGAGACACUUUCUUAACAAGUUACCGAAGUGGAGCGUUUGCUAAUGUAAGUGGUCCUAGAUUUAAUCUCAUUUGCCGGGGUUUGGUUCGAGUGGGGCCUGGCAUGCGUAACCGCCGGAAGCCCCGACUUGGGCACUUGUAUAUCCUCCAUGUUGUCGGCCGGAAAUUGAUGGCCCAACCCAAAUUUAAAUGCUCGUUUGUUUUUUUUUAUUUAUAGUGUUUUGUUUCCAAUAAUAAAAAUAAUAAUAGUGGUGUAUAAUGGAGCAUCGCAUGCAGAAAUCACAUGGAGUGAUGGUGGGUUAUUAUCCGUCUCACAUUGUUUUAUUAACUUUUCGAACUGGGGUGCAAUUGAAGAGGUGGAGAAGGUGCGUUCGAGUCGGGGUGAAGAGGAGGGAUUUAUCAGAGAUUAAAGGGAUAGAGAUCGUCAUUUUUACGCACGGAAUACCGGAAUACUCCCGAAUCAUCCACUGACAUUGAUUACUAAUGUCACCAGAAACGGGCCAAUUGCUUUUUAAUAUGCUCUUAAAUUAAAAUUUGUGUCAUUUUUAUAUCAAAGUUCAUUUUGAGAUGGAAAGAGUUGGAUAUAAUAUCAUCGAUCUCUUUCUCAUUCUUUUUUUUGACACGUACAUAUGCGGUGAUUUAUGGUAUAAUCUCAAUCCGAGGAAGGUAUUACCUUUCACCGGUAAUACCCCCACCCCGGCCCGACAAGAUGGUAAGGAAGGUAAGUUAUGGUAUAAUUUCAAUCUGAUCCUUGGAGAGGUCGCCCCGUACCUGAUGCACACAAGGAGCUGUUACAAAUAAUAGAAUUUCCACACUGUCGCUACCGAGAUUCGGAUUCGACUAUAAGAUCAAUGGUAAGGUACUGGGUUUAAAUUAAGUAUUUAUUCGAAAGGGAGAAUGUGAAGCUAGUCGUGAAGAUGCUGAGAAACUUAUAGAGGUUGCUUGUAAUUAUGUGUAUAAUAAUAGUGGGUUUUGUGA